AGGCGAAGUCGCGGCUGGUGCUCGUUGGUCGAUGGUCGUUGUCCGUCGUCGCCGUCGACGCUGGCUACGCUUGUGCGAUUUCGGGAAGAGUCGGCUUCCGUCCCUACGCCGAGGUAGCGGGCGACGGUCGCGAGUGACGUUCAUGUUGGACACGAGGGUGGCGGUGGCGCGGAGGACGAGCUCGCGGCUGUCGCUUGCGCGGCGGCUUUUUAAAUUUAUCGCCGACGGGACGGACGAGUGUCGUUGCACGUCGGGGACGGGAGGACACGUUCGGCGAGGUCUGCGCGCGCGAGGCACCGAGGGACUCUCCCCAGGCAAGAUGGAAGAGCGUAGCGUCCACGGCAGUAUCGGCGAUAUAAAUAGUGCGGAGGCGAGCAAAACUUUAAUAAUACCACGUAAGAAGAGGAUAUGCUUAGUUGGUGCAACUUGCAAUGACCCUGCGCUUAAUGCUGCUGCUCAACAAUUCAAAGUGCCUGUACUUAGGUCUGAAACCGGCACGGAAUAUGUUGAAGACACUACCUACAAUACUUACUUUGUACUCAAACACUUCGAAGGGUCCGAAUACGAUGCCUUGUGCAAGAGUGCUCACAGAGUACUGGGACCUACCGUUCUGCUGCAACUGGCAGAGAAGAAAGAGUCCUUGCCUAGUAUUAAAAGACCAAUGUACACGCAAGCUAUGGUAGGCAUAAUAGUGGUGUUUAGCGGUUUUCGGUCGAGAGAGGAUGAACUGCGCAAGUCGGCUAAUAUGAUUCUUAGUAUGGGAGGCAGCAUCCGAAAGGAGAUGGGUAUUAAAGUGACGCAUCUUAUUGCAAAUCAUUGCAGUGGAGAGAAGUACAGAUACGCUGACACAUUCGGAUUGCCUAUCAUGUCGUUGGAGUGGGUGAAAGAAUUGUGGAAGGCCAAAGAUGAUAUCUCCACGUAUGCGAACAAUGAGAGAUUGAUAGCAACUUACAGGCUGAAGCCCUUCUACGGGGCGAAGGUGUGUUUCUCCGGAUUCCCCGAUGAAGAGAAGAAACAUAUGAGGGAAGUUUUGGAGCAGCAGGGUGGUGAACCUACUGAAAUCGACGAUCCGAGUUGCACUCAUGUGGUGGUAGAUAUACCCGGUCUUUUCUACAAGAGAGCCAACAAUGUGGACUUGUAUCUGAAAAACUCGCCCAACAGUCCAUGUUCCUUAACGCAUAUUAAACCAAUUUCCUCCUCUCUUUACAAUCCUUACUCGAACGCGGCUUUUAACACACAAAAAAUUGAUCGUAGAAAUGUGUCGGUUUAUUCUUCGAAAAACAAUUCGUUCGCCUCACGCGAUGCAGAACAAAGUGACCCGUGGAACGACCUCGUUUCUAUAUAUAAUAUCAGCCAAGAUUCUGCUAUUAGUAUGAGUUCUGAUUUGCAAAAUUCAAUUAUUAAAUCUGGAAACUUGUUUCAUUCUUUCACAGAGCAAAGUGAUUCUGGGGCAGACAUAACCAAGUCGUCUAGUUCGUCUGCUAUUUCUAUAUCGAGUAAAUAUUCGAUUCCAGCUAUGUCGACAAUGACAAACAAGAAAAACGUUAAGUUCUGUACUUCCGAGAGCUCUCUGUUCGAUAACGAACUAUCUCCUUGUGAAACUAUGUUAAACUUUCCAGAUAAAACGAGUGAUUAUAAAUUGUUAUCUUGUGAAAAAAAUAACGAAUGCAAUCCUUUUGUAUCGCCAACGAACAAUAACGCGUUGUCUUUAAAAUAUCGCAAAAAUAUUCAUUACGUACAGAAUAAUACAUCGAAGGCCAAAAUAAUUCCCAAACGAUAUAUAAAAUGGGGAAAAACUAAUUCCUGCACGUUUGUUCAUAAAAUGCCGACGCUUGAAAAGUAUAAAUUCAUGAAAACGCGCUCGUAUCCGAUUAUAUUAAAGCACAGCGAGGAACAGCACAGCGAUACAUUUUUACACAAUGCAUUAGUUCAACGGAAUAAGCAUUUAUCUAAAUCACACACAUCUUUCUUCUCUAAAAUCAGCCACUUUUCUUUCAGUCCAAAAAUUUCUGAUAAGCAAGACAUUUUCACGAGUUCUCGCUGUUCUCCUCCUGAAAAAACCCUAUUCAAAAAGAAAUACACAUCUUUAUCCAAGUCUUUUCCAACGCCUACAAAAAUCUCAAAUAGUAAACACAGCUUACGAAACACUUCUAUAUCCGAUGGCAAAAGUAACAAUGUGUCAUCUGCAUCACACGACAUGAAAACCGAGUACACAGAUUUGGAGACACUGACGGAUAUAUCACUACCCGCGGUCGUAGACGAGUCCAGCGUAAAUGUUCGUCCAAGUUUAGUUUCAGUGUCUGCUUUCAUAGUCAAAACUGGAUGGUUUUGGACGUCUGUACAAAAUGAGGCAGCCGCUGAUGAGAAGGAGUAUCUCUUUGAACAUUAUCUAGAAACAGUUCUAUCCCCUACUGCGACGGGUAGACGAGACAGUCAACAGAUCGUACCACAAAAUGUGACAUUGGCAAAGCACCCCUGUUGGUUAGACGGUCCAUUAUCUAAUUUACUACAAAAUGGAGCGGAUUCGCCAGCCAGUGUCAGCGGAAGUUUUCUGGACUGUACAGCAAGUCCGGACAAACAGUUGCUGGAUGAACAUUUACCAAUAGUCCAAGAAAAUUUGUCGCAGCGACAUAAAGUUUUCCUCGAACUAGUUGAGACUGAAGGGAAUUACGUCGGUAUUCUCAAUACAAUUAUGACUCUAUUCAAAUUACCACUGGAAAAUCUCAUAGACAAAAGUGGGAAAGAGUUGCUAAAUAGCACAGAAGUAAAAAUUAUAUUUGGUAAUUUCCCACCAAUUUACGAGACUCAUAACCAAUUGUUGAAGGCACUACAUUGUAGCGCCGCUCAUUGGACAGAGGAUAUCAGCAUUGGCGAAAUAUUUCUGAAGUUUGAACCAGAUUUGGUUAAAGCGUAUCCUCCAUAUGUGAACUUCUUCGAAAACACGAAACAAAUGUUGGAAAAAUGUGAUCAAGAUAAACCAAGAUUCCACGCUUUUUUAAAAAAUUGCCAGACAAUACCAGAGUGCAGUAGACAAAGCUUAAAGGAGCUAUUAAUUAAACCAAUACAAAGGUUACCCAGUAUUAGUUUAUUAUUAAGUGAUAUUCUUAAGCAUACGGACAAAAAUAACCCAGAUUAUAGCGCACUGGAAGCUUCUAUUAGCUGUAUUAAAAAAGUAAUGACGUACAUAAAUGAGGACAAAAGGAAAACAGAACGCCAAUUAGCAAUGUUUGAUAUCUUUAAUGAGAUUGACAAUUGCCCGCCGCAUUUAGUUUCCUCACAUAGGUCAUUUAUCAGUAAAUGUGAUGUAAUGGAAGUUACGGAGGGUCUUAGUGGACGAGGUGAUCAUUUAGUAUUGUUCCUGUUUACCGAUACUCUUGAAAUAUGCAAAAAAAGGUCGAAAGCUUUUAACUCGUUAAAGAGUCCUAAUACUAUAAAUGGCCUGCAAUCAAUGAAACUAAGCCAUGGGAAGCCAUACAAGCAUAUCAAAAUGUUGUCACUGAGUACUAUCAGAAAAGUAGUGGAUAUACGAGAAACUGACGAAUGUCAUAAAGUAUUUGCACUCGUGGUACGAGGUACUCAAGAGCUGAAGGAAAAAUUCUUUUCGUUCAUAAUUACUGAUGAGGAAGUUAACAAAACGAAUUAUCUACAGACUUUGUGUAGGCAAAUGGCUCUUGCUGUUCGUGUAGCUGAUGCUGAUACAUUACUGAUUAGAUACGAUUCACAUCAGCUUGAAGUCGGUACGAGUGAUGUGGCAUCAGGAACGUUAAAGAAAACAAUUAAGAGCCUAUUUCAUAAUUUUUACCUGGAGUAUAUGGAUCCGUAUGUCUUCCUACUCAAUAGCAUGUGUGAAACCACGUUACAUGUCCCACUACCGUUUGCAUCUCGUACAAGAGCGAGAGUCGGCCGAGCGUUUAGUUUCAAUAAAACGCCAAGCAAACUAAACAGAGCAAUGUCUACAAUUAUGUCCCCAUUUGGAGCAACACAAACUCUUCCUCCCACAAACCAACAAAUAGCCCAGAUGCGGCUAGGUAGUUGCAACAAUAUAAGCGAACUGGAUAAUGGUGGUUCAAGUUCUCCAAAUAGAGAGGAUGUUCUGGUAGCGCCGAUGUCGGAUCAACCGACUCGAAAGGCUCUCAGUAUGGCUUCGCUGCGAAGGUUGUAAUUAGUAUGCAAGGAGUCAUACUUCCUUUUACUACAGUCAUUUAGUAUUCUGAACAAAGAGACGUGCAUUUUUAACAAACCACACUGUGGUAUGUUAAAUUAAUAUAUAUCGUCUAUAGUGAUUAAGACAUUAAUUAUAUCUAACGGAGAAGACCCGAGACGUGCUGUAACAUUUCUUCAUCAUCACAGUUCUGUUUCAAAUAAUUAUGAUUACUUCAUUUCUCUCAUCAUUACUAUUUUUAUAAUAGAGUUCAGUUUCAUGAAUGCCGCCUUAUCCUCGGAUACAUCAUUAUAAAAAUGAUAUUACUGUUAUUAGUGCCAAUAAUGCCUAGUUAUUGUUAUAUUACUAUUAUUAAUAUCUUUUAUUUAUUUUAUGUAUUAUCUCUUGUAAUUAUUCUAGAUGCCUUCUUAGCUUCCGCACGUACUCAUUGAUAAGAUACAAUAAAGAAUAUCCUCUUUUUAUAUAAAUACAGUUCGCUCUUCGCGUCGAGUCAAUUGAAUUACUCUAAGAGAUAUAUCUUCAAAUUACAUUGCUUUGGAAAUAUUUUUUCUAAACAUCAUUUUAAUGACCAACAAAGCCAGACUUAUACUGGUAGACACUGCAGGCAUGUGCAAAAACUUUUCUUAAUAAAUGUACCAAUAAUUUGUAAAAAAGAAUAACAUUAAUGUCUCAUUAAUACAUCCCAUUGCAUUCGCAAUUUCAAUGCCAGAAAUAGACAAAGCAUUUGCCCUUGGUUAAAAGUGUAGGCAAGUAUGCUAACAUCUAAUCACAGCAUGAUAUAAACCUGUCCUCCAACUAAUAAGAAUAAUGGUUUUAAUAUUUGUGACAUCAAAAUUUGUUGCAACUUCAACAUUUUACUCACUACUUUUUUUCAUUUCUGUUUUCCUAUUUAUUAGAAUUUGUUCAGCGGGAAUCAUACAGAGGAAGUCUGAACUUUGAACUAUAAAAAUAAUUUGCAGCUUUAUUUAAUUUUGAUCAUUUAUCAACGAAGAACCGGUGCUAUAGAUUUUUUUAAUAAGGCUUAAAGAUAUUCACACAUGUUUAAAGUAAAAUUACAUUUCCAAAUAAAGUCUGGCGUACAUGUGAAAAACAUCCAUAUUCAGAAAUGAAAGCAUUGUUAAACACUAAUGAUCGAAUGCAUACCUGCUAUGUGCCAAUAUAGCCAAUAUACUUAAUAACGGAAAUAUUGUCAAUUGUUACGAGUUUGAUAGGUUUGCUUAGAUAAGAUUAUAUUUUAAUGACCUGUGAUUUAAUUGGGUUUAUCAUGAGAAGAGACAACGCACAAUUUACUAAUAUUUUAUACGUCCGAAAUUCAUUCAAGCUAAACGCACAAAAAAAUAGAAAUUCCAUAAUUUUUUAACACGGAUAUGGAAUUGAAAUAAGAACAGACAUUCAUAAAAUCUGUAUUAUUUCACAAAUAUUUAUACAAUUUUCUAUCUUUGUACUUUUUCAUAAUUCUGAAUAAGUGACUGUAUCAAGAAAAAAAUGAAUUGUUAAAAAUUAUUGAAAAUAAGGAUUUGAACAACGAGAAACAUAUAGCUUUUUUCGAUACAGUUAAUUACAUAAGGAAGAAAAUAAUAGUACUCUAAAUAUAAUCAAUAAUAUUCUUUAAAUAAUAUGCAAACGAUCUUUCUCUGUGUCCCAUUUAAUGAUUAUUGCUAGUAUAUUGCUAUGUAAAUGAAAAA